CUGAGGGGAGCCCGUAGUCUCAGACUUUGAAAACCCAAAACGGUUUGCCACGAAUACACGCUAACACAAUAGGUGGCGGUAUGUGGUAUAAACUUGAUUUGCUACAAUAAACGCACAAAAAAGGAAGAAUCCUCCCAGCAAACAGCCCGAGGACGAGUUUCAGCGCAUCUGCUGAAAGACAAGUAACAGAAGCAACUUCAUUUAUUAUAAGGACUGGAAGACUGGACUCAGAAGCAGACGUUCAAUUCCAGGGAUUAACAGUUUAUUGAAAGAUGUCGGUUAUGGAUACGGAGGCGGGGGGCGUCGGAGCAGAGCAGAGGGCAGACCAGGCAGCGGAGGUCACCGGGUGAAUUUCCGGGCAGGAAGUGAGCUGAGCGUGGCAGUAUCUCCAGGCAGGCAGUGAACCUGAGCGCAGGGAGGACAAGAGAAGACCAAGAAGUGAAAUAGACGGAAUGAAUGUGGAUCCAACAUUCAAGAGUGGACGCCCCAAGACUUUCCAGAUGAUGGAUUUGAUCCAUCUAGGAAUGUGAAGUCCAGUCUCAUUCUAAUCCCCUUCGUUUUUUAACUUUUGGGCUUUGCACUGUUAUCAGAGCGUUGUGUUCCUUCUUCAUCUCCAGGGCCCCUAACGAGCCCUCUACUUGGAGGUCACCCAGGGAGCUCUCUCCUGAUUAGCCAGCAGGCUGUGUCAUUGUGGCUGUCUCAACUGAAAGCCAAUGCUAGCACUGACACAAAUUAAACAACACUUUCCACCGUUGGCAGCCGAGCUGCAACCUCUGCUGCCAUCUCCAACACACCUGCUUCCUACAUAUUGAUGGCAGCCCCUUCCCUACCAUCAAUCUCCUUAAACCUCAGAUUAUUGCAUCACCAUGUCACAUCCCCUGUAUAACCCCUAUUUCUCCGAGAACCAAAGUUCCACCCAGGGGCAGUUUGAACUCUCCAGUAUAAGGACAGAGAGGGACCCUCGGAGGGCAUCUCGCCUUGAACCUGGAACUUGCUCCCAGCAAGUAUGUCUGCUCCGAUCACAAAUGUCUCAGUCAGUGAGCUACAGGCCUGAACAGAGUAAGACCACAAUGGAUGAUGAAAUAGACGAGUCUAUAGACAAAAGGCCUACUGCUAAUGACCCUACGUUUUAUUCAUCAUCUGUCCCAUCUAACUAUGCAAGUGGUGAUGAUGGUAGAUUUCAUGCGCCCAGCAAAAGAGAACAUAAUAUGCAAGGGUAUCAAGGGUUCUGUGACUUUGACUAUCGAGUGGUAGACAAACCAGCAGCCUCUACAGAAUCCAGUCAACCCAAACACACUAAAUCAGCUGCUAACAUCCUUGCACACUUUGGACUUGAAAAAGAGGACUUAGAUCAUCUCAUCUUUUACCCUGAAGACCAGCUCAAUCCUGCUAACCUGACAUCCAUCUUGCGCCAAAUUAGCAUUCAGAAGGCCAAGAGUUCUACAACAGCAGUUGGGCAGAUGAAAAAGCAACAGACCCAGCAGACGCAGAAGCAGCCAUCAUUGCAGACGGGGCAGGAGAUCAGGCCUCCAGUUUUUCCUGCUGUGAAAUCAGUUCCCCCUGAUCCUCUCAUCCCCAUCAUCACUGAUGUUUCACAGGCCAUGCAACGUCCGGUGUCUAUCCCUGGUGAUCCUCGCCCCAUUGCUCUUCCUCCAGGCCUGCCUCAGCCAAUUACAGAUCACAUGACGCUGCCGACUUCCAACAGGCAGCCUCAAGCAAAGGUGGCCGUCUCCAAGGCUCUGCCAACUUCUGCCAUGAUACAUGACUAUGACGUGGGAUUGCCGAAAAUCUUUCCACACACCUGUUCUCUGUGUAAUAAAGAAUGUACUCAUAUGAAGGAUUGGCUCACCCACCAGAGCUCCCUCCUUCACCUUGAGAGCUGCAAACUUCUGCGAAAACAAUACCCAGAUUGGGAUGGUGGGAUAGCGCCCGGUCCCAGGUAUGCAGGUAAAGAUGCCAAACCCUCAGCAUCAACACCUACAAAGAGUUCCCAGUGUCGUCUCAAGAAAACCAGGCAUGGAAGCAGCUCCUGUUCCAGCUGUUCAAGCUCGCCCAGCCCCCGUCGCCAACAUGGCUCAGAGGUUCAAAGGGAAAAACGCAGCAGCCGAUCACGAUCGCUGCACAGCUCCAGAUACAAUCGCAGGUCACAUUCAAGUAGCCCUGAGCGACAACUGUCGCCGUGGAGUAGGGACGAGAAGUGGUCCUCACCUAGAAGGAAGAGCCGUGAGAGACAAUCUCCACCAAGGACAAGCUGUGAGAGACCAUUGCUAGCAAGGAGGAGCCGUAAGAGACGAUCUCCACCAAGGAGGAGCCGUGAGAGACAAUCUCCACCAAGGAGGAGCCGUGAGAGACAAUCUCCACCAAGGAGGAGCCGUGAGAGACAAUCUCCACCAAGGAGGAGCCGUGAGAGAACAUUGUCACCAAGGAGGAGCCGUGAGAGGCAAUCUCCACCAAGGAGGAGCCGUGAGAGACCAUUGCCAGCAAGGAGGAGCCAUAAGAGACGAUCUCCACCAAGGAGGAGCCGUGAGAGACAAUCUCCACCAAGGAGCAGCCGUGAGAGACAAUCUCCACCAAGGAGCAGCCGUGAGAGACAAUCUCCACCAAGGAGCAGCCGUGAGAGACCAUUGCCAGCAAGGAGGAGCCGUGAGAGACAAUCUCCACCAAGGAGGAGCCGUGAGAGACAAUCUCCACCAAGGAGGAGCCGUGAGAGAACAUUGUCACCAAGGAGGAGCCGUGAGAGAACAUUGUCACCAAGGAGGAGCCGUGAGAGAACAUUGUCACCAAGGAGGAGCCGUGAGAGACAAUCUCCACCAAGGACGAGCUGUGAGAGACCAUUGCCAGCAAGGAGGAGCCAUAAGAGACGAUCUCCACCAAGGAGGAGCCGUGAAAGACAAUCUCCACCAAGGAGGAGCCGUGAGAAACAAUUGCCUGCAAAGAGGAGCCGUGAGAGACAUUUGCCACUAAAGAGGAGCCGUGAGAGCUCAUCGUCCACAGCAGAGUCAUCCCUUCAACGAAAGAAGUCAAGCUGUGCAGAGAGACUGGCCAAGAAACUACUGCAAACAUCAGCGGUCCAGUCUCUGUCAAAGCAAUCUGACUUGGAGGCCGUAGUUAAUGCUCUGGUUCCUGCCUUAUGCGAUGAGCUAGCCAAGAGAAAGUCAUCUUCAUCAUCAUCCUGUUCACCUACAGCAGAGCCCUCUAAAGCAAAGCCCAGCCUGGAGAAGAGCGUACCAAGUUCUACCACAAAGACUGAGGUUGGUGUGUGUACCAGGAAAAUUUUAACACAUGAACAAAGACCAACCUAAAGUUAUACCUUUUACUAUUUCUGCAUUUUCAGAAAAGA